AUGUGCACAGUGAUUAUGUCCAUGGGGGCAGAACGAUUUGGCACGAUUGGGAAGAGGAAACCGACAGACACAAUGAAGCCAAAUCGCCGGGAAGUAAAGAUCCGUCAACUGAGGCAGGAGCUAAAGUCGUUGAGGCGGAGCUUUAAGGCGAGUACGUCGGGAGAGGAGAGAGCUGCUCUUGCAGAGCUCACACACCACCUUAGGGAGAAGCUUAGGACCCUCAGAAGGGCAGAGUGGCACAAGAAGAAGGGUAAAGAAAGAGCCCGGAAGCGCAGUGCUUUCAUCACCAACCCUUUCGGCUUCACCAAGCGACUCCUAGGGCAGAAGAGGAGUGGGAACCUGACCUGCCCAGUCGAGGAGAUCAACCUCCACCUCAGCAAUACCUUCAGUGAUGCCUCGAGAGAUGUGGAUCUUGGUCCUUGCCCUUUGCUGGUGACUUCACCUGAGCCGGAAGUGCACUUUGACAUCUCUGAACCAACUCUGAAGGAGGUCAGAGAGACAGUCAAGGCGGCGAGGUCCAGUUCGGCACCAGGUCCCAGUGGCGUGGUAUACAAGGUCUACAAACAUUGCCCACGGCUUGUGGUGCGCCUCUGGAGGAUCCUAAAGGUGGUCUGGCGCAGAGGUAAAGUGGCGGCUGAUUGGAGGCAAGCCGAGGGGGUUUGGAUCCCAAAGGAAGAGGAGUCAAGUAAGGUAGACCAGUUCCGCUUAAUUUCUCUGCUCAGUGUUGAGGGAAAGAUCUUCUUCAAGAUUGUGGCCCAGCGUCUAAUAAAGUACCUUCUGGACAACCAGUACAUUGACACAUCUGUGCAGAAGGGGGGAGUUCCUGGUGUCCCAGGAUGUCUUGAACACACGGGCGUAGUGACCCAGCUCAUCCGGGAGGCUAAGGAGAACAGAGGGGACUUGGCAGUCUUGUGGCUGGAUCUCGCGAAUGCGUAUGGUUCGAUCCCCCACAAGCUUGUGGAAACAGCACUGACCAGACACCAUGUUCCAGAGUCAAUUCAGAACCUCAUCUUAGAUUACUACAGCAACUUCUGGCUAAGAGCUGGCUCCAGUACAGCAACUUCAGCAUGGCAACGGUUAGAGAAGGGCAUCAUUACUGGAUGUACGAUUUCAGUGCCCCUCUUUGCACUAGCGAUGAACAUGAUUGUUAAAGGAGCGGAAGCAGGAUGUAGGGGUCCCGUGUCUAGGUCUGGAACCAGGCAGCCGCCGAUUCGAGCCUUCAUGGACGAUCUGACAGUGAUGACUGCAACAGUCCCGGUGUGUAGAUGGCUCCUACAGGGAUUAGAGCGUCUCAUUACAUGGGCACGGAUGAGUUUCAAGCCGGCCAAGUCAAGAUCUCUUGUCCUGAAGAAGGGGAAGGUGGCUGAAAGGUUCCGUUUCACCCUGGGAGGCACUCAGAUUCCCACAGUGUCAGAGAAACCAGUCAAGAGUCUGGGCAAGGUGUUCAGCAGCUCUCUGAAGGACACCGCUUCAGUUCAGCAGACUAGGAGUGACCUGACAACGUGGCUCGAGGGAAUUGACAAGACAGGGCUACCUGGUAGCUUCAAGGCCUGGAUGUUCCAGCAUGGAGUCUUGCCAAGGGUACUCUGGCCUCUUCUUGUGUACGAGGUGCCGAUGACCAUGGUGGAGCAACUGGAGAGAACCAUCAGCAGGUUCCUUCGCAAAUGGUUGGGGCUCCCGAGGUCCUUAAGCAACAUUGCCCUGUACGGUAGAUCCACCAAGCUGCAGCUUCCCUUGAGUGGCCUGACUGAAGAGUUCAAGGUUACCCGUGCAAGAGAAGUGUUGAUGUACCGGGACUCCUCAGACUCCAAGGUCUCUUCAGCCGGCAUCCAUGUCAGGACUGGAAGAAAAUGGAAGGCACAGGAAGCAGUGGAUCAGGCAGAGGCAAGGUUGAGACACAGUGUCCUCGUGGGGUCCGUGGCAGUAGGACGGGCAGGACUGGGCAGCUGCCCAAAGCCUCGGUACGACAAAGUCAGCGGGAAGGAGAAGCGUCUACUGAUCCAGGAUGAGAUAAGGGCUGGGGAAGAAGAGGAUCGGCGAUGCAGGAUGGUAGGCAUGCGCAAGCAAGGUGCGUGGACUAGGUGGGAACAUGCUGACUCCCGCAAGGUCACAUGGCCAGAGUUGUGCAGAGCUGAG